CAAAGGGCAACAUCUCAGCAGUGCAUCUAGCUGGUGAACAAUGGCAACUAGCUGGUCUUUGCUUCAGUUUCUGGGACUUUGUGCCUGGUUUGGUACUUUUUGUUCUGCUUCUCCACAUUGGAAACAUGAACGUCAUCCUCAUCAUCCCCAUCGCCCUCAUCAUCCUCAUGGAUUGACGGUGCAGCAAAGUGAUUAUCUUAUUAAGGAGAUCGUUCAGCCACAGGUCAGCCAACCACUUCCUGUGCGGGUUGAAGAGGUAGUGGUGAAAGCAGGGCCUGUUGACAAGUGUAGUGUAGCUGAUUUGGGCCAGAUUCAGUGUGGACCUCCUGGUAUCAGUGGACCUGACUGUGAAGCCAUCAACUGCUGCUUUAAUGGACAACAGUGCUACUAUGGAAAUGCAGUCACUGUCCAGUGUAUAAGAGAUGGUCAGUUUGUGGUAGUGGUGGCUAGAGAUGUUACAGUGCCUCGGCUGAGUCUGGAUACGGUCAGUCUUCUGGGGGGGAAUGAUCCCCCUUGCAGUCCUGUGGCGUCCAACCCUUACUUUGCUGUAUACCAGUUUCCUGUCAGUGCUUGUGGAACCAACGUGAUCGAGGAACGUGGACAUGUGGUGUAUGAAAACAGAAUGGUGUCCUCCUAUGAAGUGGCCAUGGGACCGCUCGGCUCCAUCACAAGAGACAGCCAGUUUGAGGUUCUGUUCCAGUGCCGGUACUCUAAUACAGCUGUGGAAGCUCUGGUUGUGGAGGUCAAUGCUAUUCGUGCACCUCCACCAGUCGCUGCUCUUGGACCCCUCAGAGUGGAGCUUAGACUGGCUAAUGGCCAAUGUGUCACCAAAGGCUGUGCUGAAGGGGACGAGGCGUACACAUCCUACUAUAAUGAAGCUGACUACCCAGUCACCAAAGUCCUCCGGGAGCCUGUGUAUGUUGAUGUGCACAUUCUGGAGAGGACUGACCCCAACAUUGUCCUGAUGCUGGGUAACUGCUGGGCAACAUCAACCCCCGAUCCACUCAGUGUGCCCCGAUGGGAUCUGCUGGUUAAUGGAUGCCCCAACCAGGAUGACCGCUACCUGACCACACUGGUUCCAGUGACCGCAUCAUCUGGUGUUCAUUUCCCCAACCACCACAAGCGCUUCAUUGUCAAGAUGUUCACCUUUGUAGACCCACAGUCUCUGUCUCCUGUGCAGCAAACGGUCUUCAUCCACUGUAAUACAGCAGUGUGCUACCCUUCAGCUACUCAAUCCUGUGAGCAGAGUUGCGCAAGGAAAAGAAGGGAUAUUCCUGACCUUCAAAUUUCUGAUGACACUGCCGUGGUGUCUAGUGGACAAGUUACUGUGGUGCCUUAAGUUUUGUGUAACUUUUAUUAAUAAACUGCCAGAAACCAAGUUAAA